GUUAUUUCUCUGGACGUGUGGUGCAGUGCUUCAGAGGACAUCUUCAGGUGACAUUAUGGGUGUGAUGAGUGGUAUCAUGGCGUGCCUCAGUGUGUUUGGGGCUGCCAGGUGGCUCUCCCUCACCUGGCUCUGCAGCCUGUUGGCUGGGCUCGGACUCUGCAUGGCUUGGAAGGGUUCUUGGAAGUUCAUCCAUGUAGCUCUACAUACCAUCAAAAGGGACCUAAUGUGUCUGGUUGUUAUUCUGCGAGUGAGGUUCUCCAUGUGGCAAAACAUGCGUAACAGAAGCACCAUCCCUGCUCUGUUUGCCCAGAUGGUGACACUGCAUCCAGAGAAACCUGCUUUGAUCUAUGAGGCCACAGGAGAGGUCUGGAGCUUCAGGGAGCUGCAGGAGCAAUGCCAUCGUGUGGCUCACUGGGCACUGGCUCAAGGCUGGGCAGAGGGAAAUGUUGUGGCUUUGUACUUGGAGAGCCGUCCUAUAGUGGUGGUUCUUUGGUUAGGUCUGGCUAUGGUUGGUGUAGAGGCCGCACUUAUCAACCACAACCUGCGACUGCAUUCACUGCAGCACUGUGUUAGUGUGUCUGGUGCCCGGGCAAUGGUGUUUGGGACGGAGCUGACUGAAGCGGUGUUGGAGGUCAGCAGCUCUUUGCAGCCUGACAUGGUUUUGUUUAGCAGUGGUCAGCAGGAGAAUGAGGAGAAGCUCCGUAACCUCCAAGCUCAGAGCCUGGACACCCUGCUGGCCUCCUCGCCCAAACACCCACCCAACUACACACUCAGGAAGAUAUUCAAUGACAGACUUUUCUACAUCUACACCUCGGGUACAACAGGAAUGCCAAAGGCAGCUGUGGUGGUGCACAGUCGGUAUUACCGCAUUGCUGCUUUUGGUUAUCACUCUUUUGGCUUGCAACAUAAUGACGUCAUCUAUAACUGCCUUCCCCUUUAUCACUCUGCAGGUGCUGUCAUGGGUGUAGGCCAGUGCUUGCUCUUUGGUUUGACUGUUGUCAUCAGGAAGAAGUUCUCAGCCAGUCGCUUCUGGGAUGACUGUGUCAAACACAACUGCACUGUAAUCCAGUACAUAGGAGAGAUCUGUCGUUACCUGUUGGCCCAACCAAAAUGCCCAUCUGAGUCACAUCACCAAGUGCGUGUUGCUAUUGGUAAUGGCCUCCGUCCAUCUGUGUGGGAAGAGUUUGUCCACAGAUUCCGAAUCCAACAAGUUGGGGAAUUUUAUGGUGCCACAGAGUGCAACUGCAGCCUGAUCAACAUAGAUGGAAAGGUGGGGGCAUGUGGCUUCAACAGCCGCAUCCUGCCUAGCUUUUACCCCAUCAGACUGGUUAGGGUGCAGGAGGAGAAUGGAGAGCUGUUCAGGGACUCACAAGGACUCUGUGUGCCCUGUUUGCCUGGUGAGCCAGGAAUGUUAGUGGGGCGCAUCAACCACACCGAUCCACUCAGGAGAUUUGAUGGCUACAUUGAUCAGGAUUCCACCAAUCAGAAAAUAGCUCACAAUAUCUUCAAGAUGGGAGACUCUGCUUAUAUCUCAGGUGACAUGAUGGUGAUGGAUGAAUAUGGCUACAUGUAUUUCAGGGACCGCAGUGGCGACACAUUUCGUUGGCGAGGGGAGAACGUUUCCACCACAGAGGUGGAAGGAGUCAUCAGCGGCCUGCUGGGACACGCUGAUGUAGCUGUCUAUGGAGUUUCCCUACCAGGUGUGGAAGGGAAGGCCGGUAUGGCAGCAAUAGCUCAUGCAGGAGGCCAGUUCGACCUCGAUGUGUUCUUGAUUGGUUUACAGAAAGCGCUGCCCUCCUAUGCACGGCCCGUCUUCCUUCGUCUCAUGCCAUCUGUUGACACUACAGGCACCUUCAAAAUUCAGAAGACACGACUACGAAGGGAAGGAUACAAACCACAAGACUCCAGUGAAAAGAUCUAUUUCCUGAACAGCCAUGCUGGGCGUUAUGAGGCUGUUACUGAUGAACUAUAUAAUGCCAUCAUGGAGGAGAGGCUGCAUCUAUGA